AUGAAGAGAUGUUCUCCUGUCCUCAACACUGCCAAUGGAGUAGCUGUCGGUGAAGCACCCCUUUCAAUUUGGAGAGAACACUUCAAGACCUUGCUGAACCGGCAAGCGCCGUCAGCUCCUGAACUCGGGCACGCUAUCGUAAGACCGACAUAUGCGGUUAACGAGGAGCCACCGACCGAGUCGGAGGUUCUAGUCUGUAUUCAAAAAAUGAAGAAUGGAAAAUCUGGUGGAGACGACUGGAUUAGCGCAGAAAUGCUAAAAUAUCUUGAGAUGACAAAGAUCAUCCGUUCAGUGUGGAUAAACGAAAGGAUACCUGAUUCGUGGAGACACGCCAUCAUAAUUCCCCUCCACAAGAAGUUAUCUGUCACGGACCCAAGGGAUUAUCGAGGAAUCUCUUUGCUGCGUGUUAUAAACAAGGUACUGGAGCGCAUUAUCCUGGACUGA